AUGAAGCCUGCAAUUCCAGAAGAAGAAGAGUCGAAGAUGGAUGAGGACGUUAAACCCCCAGUGAUGGCAAAGAAGUGCAUGGACUCAAGCAUGUACAAAGCAGCCAGAGAAGGCAACUUCCCUUACCUUGAAAACUCGAUCCGCCUGAAACACGGAGGCAAUACAGACGAGGAAGAAGCCCUACUACUAGAGACCCACAAUCGCAACAACCUCGUUCACCUCGCCGUGGAGUCGGGCCACAAGGACUUCAUCCAGCAGGUCCUCCACAAGUGCCCCAAGCUCGCGGCCAAGCGCAACUCCCGCGGCGACACGCCCCUCCAUGUCGUGGCGCAGACAGGCUGCUAUCACAUCGCGGAGGCCAUCCUCUCCAUGGCCGAGCCGCACGAGGGGACGGCCGGGACCGAUAACAGCUUGCUGAGAUUAAAGAACAACGGGGGGAACACAGCUUUGCACGAGGCGCUGAGGAACGGGGAUAAGAAGAUGGGGAUGUAUCUGUGGGAAGAUAAAGAGACGGUGGGGAGCGUGAACGAGUCCGGCGAGAGCGCGCUUUACGUGGGGGCGGCGUUAGGGGUUGAGAGCGUAGUGAAGAAGAUGGUGGAGUACUUGAGGCAUGGUGGUGGAGCACGUGUUUGGGAUGGGCCUUUGAGGGGCCCGGACGGUCAAAACCCCUUGCAUGCUGCUGUUCUUGCUGGAAGCAUUGGUUGCGUGGAAGCUCUCAUCUGUUUCGAUGGAACGAAUAUGAUCAACAAGCCCGACGACAGCAACGGAAGAACACCCCUGCACUUCGCAGCGAAAGUCAAAGCGAAGGACAUUGUCGCUCACCUCCUCCAAACCGACCCUUCUUCGGCCUACGUCAAGGACGUCAAUGGCCGAACCCCGCUGCUUGAAGCCGCCUCGUUGGGCCACCUCAGCGUCCUGAGAGAGAUCCUCAAGCACUGUCCCGACACGGUCGAGAUCUCCAACGAGGAGGGUCGGAAUGCGGCUCACUUCGCGCUGAAGUGCGAGCUGAGCCGCUCUAAGGCAGUGUUGAAGGAGCCCGAGGUGGUGAGGCUGGUGAACGAAGCCGACCGCGGUGGCAACACGCCGUUGCACGUGGCGGCUGAGGACCUGAACUACAGAAUGGUGAAGAGGUUGCUGAAGAUGCCUGAGGUGGAUCUGAGGGCCAAGAAUAAAGCUGGCCGCACGUUUCUGGAUAUUUGUGAGUCCCGGUGGCAAUACACCAAGAAGCAGGAAUUCCUCUACCGAUACCUGAAGUCCCUCCCGCCCGGCCGAAAGCCUCACUCCUGGAACCACUCCGACAAUCCCCCCACCCGCCUCGACAAGCCCGACGCCGACCUCAAGGGCCAUGCCAACGCCCUCUCUAUCGUCGCCGCCCUCCUUGCUACCGUCACUUUUGCCGCCGCCUUUACAUUGCCCGGCGGUUUGACGCCUGACGACAACAACAUUGGCGCUCCUGUACCGCAGCCAUCCCCCUUAUGCAACUUCCACGACUCUCCAGACUGCCAACUAAAACCUGGCCACCCUAUCCUCAUCCACCAACCCGCGUUCAAGGUCUUCAUCAUAGCCGACGUCCUCGCCUCCUCUACUUCCCUGACGGUCCUAUUCAUCUUGAUCGCAGCCAUGCUUGCCGACGAUACGGCCUUGAGGAGGGCCAUCGUGUACAGCAAGAAUCUGCUUUACCUCUCCCUCGGGGGGACCUUGGUAGCCUUCAUGACGGGACUGGUCAGCGUCAUAUCGACCGACGUCAAAUGGUUAGGGUAUGCCGUGUGGGUCAUCGGGUUGAGCGUUCCGUUCCUGAUAAAGUAUUUUGAGUUCAAGAGCUUCACUUCUACUCCUGUGUUUCUUCAUCGGCACCUCAGCAUGGAGAGCUGGAAGAAGCCCCGGAGUUUCAGUCGAAGUGAGAAGUCCGGCAAUGAAACUGAGUCAUUCGAUGACAAACGCAACUGGAGUGAAUCAGUUGGUAUUUAUUUGGGGCCACUUACGAAUCGCUUCUCGUCUCGCAGAUCAUGUACAGAUGACCAAAAAGCUUGUGCCUUGGAUUCAGAACAAACUUACAAGCAAAACUGUCAGACGUUAUUGAUGGUGGCGACACUCAUCACAACCAUGACGUUUGCAGCGGCUUUCACAAUGCCCGGGGCUUAUAACAAUAAUGCUGGCCCGGGCCAAGGAAUGGCCCUUCUCCAGUCAAGCAGUCACCUCAAGUGGUUCAUCAUCUCCGACACUAUCGCGAUGACCUGUUCAACAAUGGCCGCUUCCCUCAUACUCUGGGGCUCUGCUUUCGGGAAGAGACCUGUCGUGCACUGCUACGUAAUCGCUGCUGUGCUGACGUGCAUCGCACUGCAGUCGACUGCAAUAUCGUUCGUGACGGGUCUUGUGGCUGUUUUACCUGACCAAACAUAUGUGCGCACCGUGAGUUGCGUAGUUGGCAGUGUCUUCCAUGUUAACACCAGCUUGUUUCUCUUCAGACUGGCACAGAUUUUUUCCUUCUCUGAGAUCUGCCUAUCCGUGAUUUCCCACCUCAGAAGGCUCAAGUGCAUCAUCAAUUCCCACGGAGCAAACGGAUGA